UGCCAAUAAUACCAAGGUGGGUGUUACCACUAUGUUUUUUCGGCGAGAAACUGGGUCUGGGUUGAGAUAGUUUCAUUAAUUAAACGGCAACAGGGAAUGAAAAAUGAAUGACAUUGGAGUAUUAUACAGCACACUAACAAUGUACUGAAUGACCAUAUCACGAAUUCUUUCGAAAUUAUACAAAUGAAGAUCUGUGCCGUCAUGUUCAUCUCCUGUGUAGUAUGUUUUUAUUUUAGUGCGGUUGUCUCUCUACUCGCAGAAGAUGUUGGCACGCAGGUCUUAGAAAGAAAUGAUGGAAGCACAUCUUUAGAACUAAAAGAUGUCUUGUUCAUCAUCCAGAGCCAAAGCAAUUCUUUUCAUGCGAAAAGAGCACAGGAACUUAAAAGUGAUAUCUUAAAGCAAGCUGCAUCUUUUCACCAGGAUCAUCCCAAAGUGCUGCUUAUACAUGAGUUGGAAGAGCACAACGGAGCCUGGACCAUUCUUCCUCUCAUGUCACAUUUCUCUGCCAUCUAUGGUAGAAAUGUGUCGUGGAUUUUCUUCUUUGAAGAAGAAACAAGAGUAAACAUUUCAAAGCUUUUAGAAACCCUGAGCAAAUUUGAGAGAACCAAGGAGUGGUUUCUAGGGAAAGCCUUAUACGAUGAGGAAUCUACAAUCAUCCACCAUUAUGCCUUUGCUGAAAAUCCUGCAGUUUUUAAGUAUCCAGAUUUUGCUGCUGGUUGGGCGCUAAGUGUUCCACUUGUCAACAAACUCGCAAUGGCACUGAAAACUGAACCACUCAAGUCUGACUUUACCAUAGACUUAAAGCAUGAGAUUGCACUUUAUAUAUUGCAGAAAGCAUCAGGACCUCCUCUCACUCCAGUGGGUGAAUUCUGCACAGUCAGUGGAAAUGCAAUUAUCCCGGUUCAUUGUGCUACCACAUUUAAAACAUAUCUGCCAUUCUGUGGAGAUGCUGUGAAAAAAGAUGACAUAUUUGUUGCUGUGAAAACCUGCAAAAAAUUCCACAAAGAAAGAUUGCCUGUGAUAAAGAAGACCUGGGAAGAUCAGGCUGGUCUCAUUGAGUAUUUUAGUGACCAUGAAGAUGCUUCUAUACCUACAGUAUAUCUAGGAGUGCCGAACACUGAGAGAGGUCAUUGUGGGAAGACAUUUGCUAUACUCAAAAGAUUUUUCCACAUCUUUCCUAAAAUGCCUUGGCUGGUUUUAGUAGAUGAUGACACUUUGAUAAGUAUUCCUAGACUUCAGAAACUGCUCAGCUGCUACGAUGCACAAGAGCCAGUCUUUCUUGGUGAGCGAUACGGUUAUGGACUAGGCUCUGGAGGAUACAGCUACAUCACGGGCGGAGGAGGAAUGGUGCUCAGUAGGGCAGCUGUUGAAAAACUGCUUCAAAGUGGAUGCCAUUGCUAUAGCAAUGAUGCACCAGAUGAUAUGGUCUUGGGAAUGUGCUUCAAUAAUAUUGGAGUUCCUGCAACACACAGUCCUCUUUUUCAUCAGGCACGGCCUGUUGAUUAUCCAAAGGAAUACCUUGAACAUCAAAUUCCAGUCUCCUUCCACAAACACUGGAAUAUUGAUCCUGUUGAGGUAUAUCGUAAAUGGCUGAUCGAUGAUGAAGAUGGUGUUCGCUCAUUUUCAGUACAGAAUCAUCACACCAAGGAGGAGUUAUGAACUGUACAAGUCGUCGCACUGUUCACUUGUUUUGUUUUGCAGAGCACUCCUACUGAAUUGCUGAGAUUUCGGCCAGUAUUAUUCUAAGUGGUCUGGGAAUAUUUUUAUCACUGGCAGAAAAUAUACACUCUGAAUAUACUGCACUAUAUUUGUAAUCAAGUUUCUUAAUUGCAUAAAGUACAAUCUAUUCAUAUUGGUUUUAGUGUUUCUAAGAUAGGUUUUCAAUAGCAUGUACAUUUGUAUUUUUGUAAUAAAAUAGC